ACGCGACGGAAGUUCGCCCAGUUAGCUGCAAUGCUAACGUUAGCUUUUUUUUUCAGUUUUCCAGUCAGUUCGCUCCAGCGGCAGCGGCACUGAUCUCCAUUAACAGACGGCAGCGGACUGACAUAUCCGAUUUUAAACACCUACUUACCUUUAACCAAUCGGAUGCUACAAGUUAGCAAUCCGCUUAACUUAAGUAGACUUACCUAUAGCAGCGAGAUAUAGUUAUAUAUAGUGACACAUCAGUUAGCUUAGCUUAGCUAGCGUCGCGGCGUCACUUCCUACUUUUGAAAAUCGCGGCCAGAAAGUAACGCAGCAGAGAGAUGGAGCUACAAGUGGGGUCCGAACCGAUGACCCUGGGCUCUCCCACCUCCCCGAAGCCGACCCCUGGGGCUCAGUUUCUCCCCGGCUUUCUGAUGGGUGACCUGCCCGCUCCAGCAACCCCGCAGCCACGCCCCUUCAGCCUGUCCUCGCCCAUCGUGGAGAGCACAGGUACGCCCCGAGGAGGCGGCGGGGGAAGAGGCUCUGCCCCGCAGCCCGUUGUCCCCACCCCCAAAGAUAAGAGCGGAGCCCCUCCUGUUCGCAGCAUCCACGAUGACCUGGUUACUGUGACGACGCCCCUCAACACACACAGACAGUCUUUUCCAGUUAUGCAGUCUCCUCUGUCUGCACGAGGGGCCUCAACUCCAGGUGUGCAGCAGUCCUGUCUGUCUCCAGCUCAGGUGGAUCCCUUCUACAGUCAGGGAGAGUCUCUGUCAUCUGACGACCAGCUGGACCAGACCUGGGUCACUGUGUUUGGUUUUCCUCCAGCCUCAGCCUCCUACAUCCUGCUGCAGUUCGCUCAGUACGGAAAUGUCCUCAAACACACGAUGGCGUCUCCCGGCAACUGGAUGCACCUUCAGUAUCAGUCCAGGCUUCAGGCCAGGAAAGCUCUGUCUAAAGACGGGAAAGUGUUCGGCGACGCCAUCAUGGUGGGAGUCAAGCCCUGCAUAGACAAGAGCGUGAUGGACAGCAGCGCGGCCGUCUCGCCUCCCUUCUCCACCUCCUUCUCCUCCCCCGCCUUCCCCUCCACGCCCCGCUCCGCCAUCAGGCCGCUCAGCGCCGCCUACAGGAGCUCCGCCAGCGACUACCAGGUGUUAGCAGACAGACAGACACCCAAGAAGGACGAAAGUUUGGUUUCCAAAGCGAUGGAGUAUAUGUUUGGCUGGUGACACAAUGGAUCAUGGGAUACCUGAAGCCUCCACGGACAGAUGGAUGAACUGAUUAACUACAGUGCGUGUGUGUGUGUGUGAGUGAGUGAGAGAGUGUGUCUGAUGAGGUGGAGGAUAAUGCUGUCUUUCUCUUAUUUUAUAAUCAGUAUUUUUUUAAUGAUUUCGCAUCAAUAAAGUUUUUUUGUGUCCGGUUUGAA